GAGGGCACAGGCUCCUCGCGAGCCUCGUGGCCCCGAAGCACAAAGAAGCCCUUGAGGCCGGGGGUGCCCGAUGGGAAUGGAAAAGGGAGGUCAGCAGAUAAGGGCGGGCUAUAAAACCCGGGAGCCCGCCCGGCCCGGCCCGGCCGCCGCUGUCGCCCCGGGGUGUGCGUGGACAGCUCGGCACCAUGAAGCGGCUCGUCCUGGCCCUGGCGUGUCUCCAGCUCGCAGAGGGGGUGGUGAGAAUCAAUCUGAAGAAAGGCGAGUCCAUACGGGAGAAGAUGAGGGCAGCUGGAGUGCUGGAUGACUACCUGAAGAAAAUUAAGUAUGAUCCAGUUAAGAAAUACAGCUCCAAAAAGGGCUACGUUGUGAACCAGCCGAUAACCAACCACCUGGAUUCCUCCUACUUCGGGGAGAUCAGCAUUGGGACCCCUCCCCAAAAGUUCUUGGUGCUCUUUGACACCGGCUCCUCCAACUUUUGGGUGCCCUCCAUCGACUGCAAGAGUCCAGCCUGCUUCAAUCACGCCAAGUUCAAGCCCAGUGAGUCCGACACCUUCGCCCCCAAUGGCCGGUCCCUCACCGUGACCUACGGCAGCGGCUCCGUCACCAUCGUGCUGGGCUCCGACACGCUCAGGAUCCAGAACAUCACCGUCACAAACCAGGACUUCGGGCUCAGCCAGGAAGAGCCGACCCAGCCUUUCUACUUUGCUGAUUUUGAUGGGAUCCUGGGAAUGGCCUUCCCCUCCCUGGCAGUGGGAGGGACGCCCACGGCCGUGCAGGGAAUGCUGCAGCAGGACCAGCUCGCUGAGCCCAUCUUCAGCUUCUACUUCUCGCGCCAACCCACCUACCAAUACGGGGGAGAGCUGGUUCUCGGGGGAAUCGACCCUCGGCUCUUCCACGGGGCCAUCACGUGGGCACCGGUGACCCAGGAGCUCUACUGGCAGGUCACACUUGAGGAGUUUGCUGUUGGGCAGUCAGUGACAGGCUGCUGCAGCCAGGGCUGCCAGGCCAUCGUGGACACGGGGACGUUCCUCCUGACUGUGCCCGAGGAGUACAUCGAGAGCAUCCUCCAGGCCCUGGGUGCCCAGGAGACCAGCUAUGGAUAUGCAGUGGACUGCGAGGAGAUCGAGAACAUGCCCCCCCUCACCUUCACCAUCAGUGGUGCUCAGCUCCCGCUCUACCCCUCCUCCUACGUCCUGAAUACCAACGGCUACUGCACCCUUGGGAUCGAGGUCACCUACCUGCCCUCCCAGGACACGCAGCCACUCUGGAUCCUGGGUGACGUCUUCCUCAAGGAAUAUUACACCAUCUUUGACACUGCUUACAACCGCGUCGGCUUCGCCCGCUCGGCGUAGAGCGGUGGGGCAGCUCCACCCGGCCCCUCUCCUGGCCCAGCACUGCCCGAGUGGGAAUUCCAGGCAUUCCCAGGGACCUCUAAUGUUCCUUUACUUGCCCACAUGAGUCCCCAUCCCUCAGGAUUCCUGUGUGAGGGUGUCCUCA